GCCAGUGCGUUAGGAAAUUUGACAUCGCAAGCUGCAUUGUAAAAAAAGAAAAUAUCAUUAAAUUGCAAUUUUUGGCUUGAUGGUCGACGAGACGAGUGCAGUGCUGCGUUAGGUGGCGUUACUUACUUACCUCUUUUCUCGGAGCUGUUAUCUGAGUUCUGUUGAUCUCUAUUACGUACUUAACCGAGACCGGGGCCGGAGCUUGCUCUUGCGCAUCCACGGUUACGGUUUGGAAAAAUGGCGCCAGAAGUGAGGAGGCGACUGGAAGACCCAGCCGAGGUGCGUCGCCGCGAGGCAGCAGUGCUCUCGGCAGCCAGGAUAAUCGGCAUUGAUAUCGCAACCGAAAAGCACCUGCUGUAUCUAUUAUGUAGUCCUGCGUGCCUUUAUUCUAUCUCGUUGUCGUUUUUCUUUGCGUUAUUUCCGCUACUAGAUGAGCAACUAGGACGGUGGCCCGUCUUCUUUUCUAAGUGUAUGCUGAUGUUCUCUUUACGAUUAAUACGACAAAGUAGACUUCUAUCUGAAUCACAGGUGGAUUGCCGAGUUUGCGUCAGAAGCGAAGCUACCCCCAGACUGGAAGUGGUUCCAGACCGAUGAAGGAGAGACAGCCUAUUACCACCCAGACCGAAAAUAUUCAACAAGAAAACACCAUCGCGAUCACAUUCGUCGACUUUCAACACGCCUAUGCUUGCAAUGCAAAAACUCUGCCGUGCGCAAAAACGCAUCACAGUCAUGCAGAUUUAUUGCGAUUGUCCUCUUUAGGCCUUCUGUUUGAGUUUGUGCAACACAACACAAAUUCGUGAUGUUGCGGCGCUUGCAGCAAUGUGAUGGCUGUUUUAUUGUUGCACAGAAAAAUUUUGUCCAAAACGCACCCCGUGCUGGACAAAUUUGAAACCUUCAUCAACCAACAGCGAGAUUUUGCAAAAAAUCACGAUUCUGUAAUUUGCAGUAUGAGCACGCAGCAGCUGUCCGCAAAACUUGGCGUCGUGCUUGAUGGAGUUCUCAACAGAUACAACAAAGGUACCGGCUACAAAUUUCAAUUUGAUAAAAUGACUAGUACUAACAAGACUUUUUGAAUGAGAAGUGCGCUAGAGAAGUCUCAUGUCCACAAUUCGUGAGCCUGGGAUAGCUAGGCGUAGCUCUGCCUCUGGCGAUCGUGGCACAUGGGAGGAGGCCACCGUAUUGACCUCGUAUCUAGUCGAAGUUGUUGCAGCCUAGACAUCCACAAACGUCAAGCAAUACGUGGGUACCAGAAAACAGCUCGCUGCACUUAUAUAUUUAUAAGCGUCAUGACGUUUCCUGCUGAAAAGUACAAAACGGCACCAUCCGUUUUGCACUACUGGAUUGAAAUGCGUAUAUUAUAAUUUCCUCAAAAAAACCCUGUAUUUCAUGCUAAAAUUCAGCUUCAGUUUGUGUAUAAUAUAAUUAUUUGUCUUGAUACUUCACUAUCUUUCUUGAACUUGAAAUGAAAGGCACAGAAAAACUCAAAGUGCUAUAUAUGUGAUUCCUUGGCCUUGAGGUCUAAGUCUAACGUUUGCCCUGCGCAAGCUAGCGCAAAUAAAAAGCACUGAGAACAAUUUGAGUAUCGAGUUUAAGGGUUUCUUCGUUCGUAUAAUUUAUAUGUAUGAUGCAGUCAAAAACAAAAUCAAAUGGCAGUAAAUACUCAACUCUCAACACGCUGCGCUUAUAGUUGUCGUCUUCUCAACAUCAGGAUAAGCUGUGUUUCUCACUCUGCGAGUCAUAGAGACGCGGGGCUUACUGGCCCCCCGCUUUUUCUCGCCCUUCUUCACGGGUUUCUUUGAUACAGAGGUAGACCAACGUAAUUACAGAUGUGGUUUGGCGCUGAGCCAUUGGAAUCUUAAAUGUAACUGUAAGUCGUUACUACAGUAAGAAUUUGUUUUUGUUCUUCUAGUGGUCUUCAUAAUCAGAAGUACGGCAUGCAUUUAUGGUUGGGCUGUCUUUGCGCCAGGGGCAGCAUCGAAAGUGUGAGCAAGCUCGUGCGCCGGAUGGACCCUUUCCAAUUUCCAGCUAGGGAGUGGUUUUAGUUUAUUCGCGCUCAUCCAGUUUUAUUUUCUCUUCUUCUUUAUUUGCUUCGCGUUCGCGCGUAUUACUUGUAUCUUUAGGUUUUUGAUCUUUUGUGCUAUUGUUGUAGCGAAAGGGAGCGAAGCAUUGAUAUACUGCGAGGAGCUUUAUGCUCCCCUCCUGUGCCUCUAUUUGUGAGUGGUCGAUCGAAAACGAGUCAUAGUUCAUGAUGAAGAUAGAGAUACCGUAUUAACCGUAGCAGUAAAUGUUGUUGCAAGAAUUAGUGGUUUCUAGUAGCUUUUUCAUCCUGAUCCUGCUGCUUUACACCAGCGGGUUCGUGAAGGAUCGAUUGAUGCAGGCACGACGCACCAAGGUUGUUGCGUUCAUGUUUAAUACCAAUUGCCUAUCGUGUCCAAAAUACGCAUUUGAGAUGUUUUAGGAUUUGUUCCGUUUUCUGUGGUUGUCAGUGUCAGCGGAAUGUCGAGAGUAGCACACGAACACUUAAAAUUCCCGAUGCCAGCGGCACACGCGUUGCCGUUUUUUGAACUUGUGGCCAAGAGCAGUGUUCCACGGCAUGCCAACAUGUUCCCAUUGGGUUGACAAUGCGACAUGUCUCAACUACUCAAGGUUUAGAGAAAUACGAAAUAAAGUCCCACCUCCCUUUGGCAUUCUAUACAUCCGUGGCCAAGAGUGUUCCACGUGCAAUAUUGCAUUUUAUCAAAUGUGAGCGAGUUGUAGUGUACACUUGCAGCUCCAGCUCCUCUACGAUCCAGUAGCAGUUCCCCGAC